AUUAUGCGCCUCUGCCUCCCUCUCUCUCUCUCUCUCUCUCUCUCUCUCUGUGUUCGGCGCGGCGUUCCGAGGAAAAGGUGCAGCGGAGGAGACCCCCGUCGACUCCAUCCUCCGCGGCGAUCUCGAGAUCAGGUACAAUGGGGCUCACGUUCACUAAGCUGUUCAGUCGCCUCUUCGCGAAGAAGGAAAUGAGGAUCUUGAUGGUGGGUCUUGACGCCGCUGGUAAGACGACCAUCCUCUACAAGCUCAAGCUCGGAGAGAUCGUCACCACGAUUCCCACUAUUGGGUUCAAUGUGGAGACUGUGGAGUACAAGAAUAUUAGCUUCACUGUUUGGGAUGUCGGUGGUCAGGACAAGAUCAGACCCCUGUGGAGGCAUUACUUCCAGAACACACAGGGCCUUAUUUUUGUUGUCGACAGCAAUGAUAGGGAUCGUGUUGUUGAGGCAAGGGAUGAGCUUCACAGGAUGCUUAAUGAGGAUGAGUUGCGGGAUGCUGUUUUGCUUGUUUUUGCUAACAAACAAGAUCUUCCAAAUGCAAUGAAUGCUGCUGAAAUCACUGACAAGCUUGGUCUGCAUUCCCUUCGCCAACGACACUGGUACAUCCAAAGCACCUGCGCUACAUCUGGUGAGGGUUUGUACGAGGGGCUGGAUUGGCUCUCCAGCAACAUUGCCAGCAAGGCUUAAAUUUCCAGGAGAACAUGAGUUGAGAUAAUUCUCCCACUAUGCUAGUCUUGAAUGCUUUUUGGACGUGAGCCAACAGAACUUUUAGAGUGACCUGUGUGGGUUAUUUCACCUCAGCCUUUGUAUUUUAAAACGUCACAACUUUUGCUUGUCCAGAAAUAUAGAUGUAUUUGCUACCUGCCUUAUUUGUUGGUUUCUAGUUAAUUAUUAUCUAACAGAUGAUUUGCUUGAGUUAUUACUCGUGGAUAAUCUAUUUAUGGGCUACUUCUUGCAGGCCUUU